AUGCACGCACAACCAGCGAGAAAGGCUCUCCAGUGCCUACCGCGAGCUCGACGAUUUUCCACCACACCCGCACCCGCCGCCGUGUCUCCGUACAGAAGAAGUACGCAAGCACAAACACAGCAGCAGUCGAGCAGGCGAAAUGUAUCAGAUACUGCGCCCCGAUCAGCAGCUGUGGCGCCAGCGACGGCACCGCAACGAGCUGUGCCCAGUCCGGCAUUCAAUCGCGAUGAGAACAGAAUGAGGGAUGUGCAGCCCCUGCGACCGUUCCAGCAGCCGGAUAUGGAUCACAGUUUUGUCGGCAUGACGGGUGGGCAAAUAUUUCACGAGAUGAUGCUGAGGCAAGGCGUCAAGCAUGUCUUCGGCUACCCUGGCGGUGCCAUCCUGCCGGUAUUUGACGCUAUCUACAACAGCAAGCACUUCGACUUCAUUCUCCCGCGACAUGAACAGGGUGCAGGACAUAUGGCAGAAGGUUAUGCUCGCGCUUCUGGCAAGCCUGGUGUCGUUGUUGUGACUUCUGGACCUGGAGCGACGAACGUGAUCACCCCAAUGCAAGAUGCCCUCAUGGACGGCACACCCAUGGUUGUAUUCUCUGGCCAGGUUGUGACAUCGGCCAUUGGCUCUGAUGCGUUUCAAGAGGCCGAUAUCAUUGGCAUCUCAAGAGCAUGUACGAAGUGGAACGUGAUGGUUAAGAACGUCGCAGAACUUCCCCGCAGGAUUAACGAGGCGUUCGAGAUCGCAACUUCGGGCAGGCCAGGUCCAGUUCUCGUGGAUCUACCAAAAGACGUCACUGCAGCAACUCUUAACAGGCCUAUUCCUAAGGCGUCUACUCUUCCCUCGCAUCCAUCCGCUGCCACUGUCGCUGCGCGAGAAUUUGCAUCUAAGCAGCUGGAUGAUAGCAUCAGGAAGUCUGCAAACUUGAUUAAUAUCGCCAAGAAGCCUGUCAUCUAUGCCGGCCAAGGUGUGCUUGGACAUCCGGACGGACCAAAGUAUCUCAAGGAGCUGUCAGACAAGGCUCAAAUCCCCGUGACCACUACUCUGCAAGGCUUGGGAGGAUUUGACGAGCUUGACCCAAAGGCGCUCCAUAUGCUGGGCAUGCACGGCUCUGCAUUUGCGAACAUGGCCAUGCAAGAGGCUGACUUGAUCUUGGCUCUCGGUGCAAGGUUCGACGAUCGUAUCACUGGAUCCGUAGCAAGAUUCGCCCCGCAAGCCCGAAAGGCGGCCGAGGAAGGCCGUGGAGGCAUCGUUCACUUCGAUAUCCUGCCUAAGAAUAUCAACAAGGUUGUGCAAGCUACCGAAGCUGUGGAGGGUGAUUUGACCGCAAACCUUGCUCUGAUGCUACCGCAUGUUGAGUCAGUGACUCCGGCGCAACGACAAGAGUGGUUUGACCAGAUCAAUGCCUGGAAGGAGCGCUUUCCCUGGGCUUACGAGAAGGAAGAUGGGCCAGAUGGUGUCAUCAAACCUCAGACUGUCAUCGCGACUCUCUCAGACAUGACCGCGCACCGCAAGAACGAGACCGUGAUUGCGACAGGCGUAGGCCAACAUCAAAUGUGGACUGCGCAACACUUCAGAUGGCGCGCACCUCGCACCAUGAUUACCUCUGGCGGUCUCGGAACCAUGGGAUACGGACUUCCCGCAUCUAUCGGUGCCAAGGUAGCAAUGCCAGAGAAACUCGUCAUUGACAUCGAUGGUGAUGCGUCCUUCCUCAUGACACAGACUGAGCUCAGCACAGCCGCAGAGUUCAACAUCGGCGUGAAGGUGAUUGUGCUCAACAAUGAAGAGCAGGGGAUGGUUACGCAAUGGCAGUCCCUCUUCUACCAGGAUCGAUUCUCGCAUACACACCAGCGUAAUCCAGACUUUGUCAAGCUAGCAGAGGCUAUGCGUGUACCCGCUCGCCGCACGAUCAAGCUCGCAAAUCUGAAAGAGGAUCUGCAAUGGCUGAUCGAGGGCUCUGGCGAGGGUCCUGCCUUCCUUGAGGUUGUGGUUGACCAGAAGGUACCCGUGUUGCCUAUGGUGCCUGGCGGUAGCGCGCUGCAUGAGUUUCUGAUCUACGACGAGAAGAAGGAGAAAGAGAGAAGACAGCGAACCAGGGAGCGGUCUGGUAGGUAA